AGUGAGUCUGAUUGUGUCUUUGAUUCUUUCACUCAUUUAGUCUCCAUCAUUGUUGCUCACAGCUCAUUGUUGUUUUAUUUCUACACUGCACAGAGAUCAACUGUCAAUCAAACAGUGACUGUCAGCACUUGUUCAUCUUCUCAUUUCUUCUUCUGCUCAUCUCUGACUUUCUAGCCCAGAUGUAGUUUUUGCUCUCAGUCAGUCAAGAGGAUUUAUUCCACAGGACCAACAAGUGGAAACUGUGAUUUGAUCCAGUUUGGGUGUGAAGACGUUUUGUUGAGUCCUGACACACAUCGGACAACAGAUGUUGCAUCGUUGUGGACUUGAGAUGGUUUCAUGUGUUGUGAUGUUGAUUUUCAUGAAGGAGAAACUUCACCAUGAGGCUGUGGUGUUGGUUCAGUGUGAAAGCAGCAACAUGUUGAGUCUGAUUUUAAAGCAUCAGGACACAAUAAGUGAUGCUUGAUGAAGGUUUCUGUUGUUCCUGACUAGUUCUCUGACUCGUGACUGAACCACUGAGUGACACAGUUUUUACAGGUGAAAUUUUUAAACAUCAAACAGAAAAUGUACAUCUGUAUCAGCUUCAGACAUGAAAUCAUAACAUUCAUAUUUCAUUCUUUACAUAUUAUUGUAAAUGUUUCCAUGUUUUCACAUUUAAUCGUCUCAGAAACUAUUUAUAUCCUAAAAACUGCAUGAAAAUGUAACAAUAUCUGACAUUUAAUGUGUUUCUGAGUCUUGUGUUUGCUUUUCUUUGAUUUCAACUGUUUCAUUGUUUAUUCAGUGCCAUGUUAGUGAUGCAUUUAAGGAACUAGUUGAGGUGAUGGAAAAGUACCUUGAAAUGCGCACUUGAUUUGUCUUUAAGAGAACAUUAGUCUUUUGGUUCUGGUGGAAUCAGUCAUCAGGAACAACCACCAGGAUCUGUCAGCAUGUUCAGGUUGAGAUCACUUAAGUUGGGCUGUUUUUUGGAGAUCUUGGACUCAGUGAUCUUCAUUUCACCUUCUCAUCUUUUCUGGAACAUGUAUGGAUGUUUGUAGGUUUGUAGCCUCAAAAAUACAGUUAGCAGAAAAAAGGUGGUUGUCUUGAUUGUAAUUAAUGUUUAACUUUAAUAUGGUAAAACUAUACAACAUUUGCAUGACUGGUGAUCUCUGUGACUUGUACUUUGUACUGGUGUGAUCACUUCAUGUUGAAUCAAACUUGUUUUAAGUUAAUGUGUUACAAUUUGAUUGAUUAUAUUCUUUCAGGUCGCUCCUCCUCCUCAAACAAGUUAAAGUCUGAUAAUCCUUCACUGUUGUUGGUCAGACUCGUUGUUCAUAUAAAAUGUUCAGAGUGCAGAAGCUGUUAGAUGACCGUCAUUGUUACUGAGAGGAGAAAUGGCUGAGAAAGGAGUUCAGCUGGACCGAGAAACAAUCUCUUGUUCCGUCUGUCUGGAUCUACUGAAGGAUCCGGUGACUCUUUCCUGUGGACACAGCUACUGCAUGAAGUGUAUUAAAGCCCACUGGAAUGGAGAGGAUGAGAAGAGAAUCUACAGCUGCCCUCAGUGCAGGAAGACCUUCAAACCAAGGCCUGUCCUGAUGAAAAACAUCAUGUUAGCAGUUUUAGUGGAGGAGCUGAAGAAGACUGGACUCCAAGCUGCUGCUGCUGAUCACUGCUAUGCUGGAGAUGAAGAUGUGUCCUGUGAUGUCUGCACUGGGAGGAAACUGAAAGCCUCCAAGUCCUGUUUAGUCUGUCUGGCCUCUUUCUGUGAGAAACACCUUCAGCCUCACUAUGAUUCACCUCCAUUAAAGAAACACAAGCUGGUGGAGCCCUCCAAGAACCUCCAGGAGAACAUCUGCUCUCGCCACAAUGAGGUGAAGAAGAUGUUCUGUCGCACUGAUCAGCAGUCUAUCUGUUAUCUGUGCCCUGUGGAUGAACAUAAAGGCCACGACACAGUCUCAGCUGCAGCAGAAAGGACGGAGAGGCAGAGAGAGCUGGAGGUGAGUCGACAAAACAUCCAGCAGAGAAUCCAGGACAGAGAGAAAGAUGUGAAGCUGCUCCAACAGCAGAUGGAGGCCAUCAAUGGCUCUGCUGAUAAAGCAGUGAAGGACAGUGAGGAGAUGUUCACCCACAUCAUCCAUCUCAUCCAGAAAACAAGCCGAGAUGUGGAGCAGCAGAUCAGAUCCCAGCAGGAGACUGAAGUGAGUGGAGUGAAAGAGCUGAAGGAGAAGCUGGAGCAGGAGAUCAGAGAUCUGAAGAGGAAAGACGCUGAGCUGAAGCAGCUCUCACACACAGAGGAUCACAACCAGUUUCUCCACAACUACCCCUCAGUGUCAGCACUCAGUGAGUCCACACACUCAUCCAGCAUCAACAUCCGUCGUCAGAGACACUUUGAGGAGGUGACAGCAGCUGUGUCAGAGCUCAGAGAUCAUCUACAGGACAUUGUGAGGGACACAUGGACAAACAUCUCACUGACAGGAACUCAACUGGAUGUUUCACUGUCAGAUUCACAAGCAGAGCCAAAGACCAGAGCUGAAUUCUUGAAAUAUUCACGUCAAAUCAUUCUGGAUCCAAACACAGCAAACAAGUGGCUGAUAUUAUCUGAAGGGAACAGAAAAGCAACAUAUAUGGAUCAACAACAGUCUUAUUCUGAUCAUCCAGACAGAUUCACUGAACGUCUUCAGGUCCUGAGUAGAGAGAGUCUGACUGGACGUUGUUACUGGGAGGUGGAGUGGAGAGGAGAAGGAGUUUAUGUAGCAGUCGCAUACAAGAAUAUCAGCAGAACAAGUGGGACUGAAUGUGAAUUUGGACUGAAUGACAAAUCUUGGGCAUUAGAUUGUUACCAAAACAGUUAUGAAUUUCGGUACAACAACAUCCAAACUCCCGUCUCAGGUCCUCAGUCCUCCAGAGUUGGAGUGUACCUGGAUCACAGUGCAGGUAUUCUGUCCUUCUACAGCGUCUCUGAAACCAUGACUCUCCUCCACAGAGUCCAGACCACAUUCAAUCAGCCGUUACUUGCUGGACUUGGAGUUUAUCUUCAUUCAGGCACAAGUGCAGAGUUGUGCAACCUGAAGUAGACCGAGGUAACUGAAGUUGCAGUGAGUCUGAUUGUGUCUUUGAUUCUUUGACUCAUGUAGUCCUCUGUUUGUACCUUCAACCUGCCUUUCCUGACAGAAUUGGCUCAGUCAAAAUAAAUUUGUUGUCUUUCUGACACAGACUUGUUUCUUCAUCAUAGUCCAUAGUCAUAGGUUUAGGUCAUGGCUUUGGGGAUACCAGUCUAAAACUGUAAUUGUGUCCUGAUUGAGCCAUUUCUUCUUCACUUUUGAUGCAUGUUCGGGCUCAUUGCCUUGUUGGAACAGUGUGUCCAAGAUCCAACCUUCUGGCUUAUGAUUUAGUGUUUCCUGAGAAAUGUCUAGGUAUUCCAUUUACUUUAUUUUAGAUCUUCUGGAAAUAUGACAGAUCUUGUGGGUUGAAAAUAUAUAUACAACAAUAAUAAUAUGCGGUAAAAUGUCCAUUUCCACCUCAGUAAAUUUAAAGUUCCACAGAGCAAGAUACUGCCACCACCAUGCUCGAUGCUAGGGGUGCCGUUCUUGAGGUUAAAGGCCUCACCCUCUCUCCUCCAAACAGAUUUCUUUUCCGUUUUUGUUCCAUCAGACCACAGAAUUUUCCUCCAGAAGGUACUUUCUUUGUCCACUUCAUCAGCAGCAAACUUCAGUGGAGCUUUAAGGUUUUGGUUCUCAAGGAAGAACUUACGUCAUGAGCCUCUCAGCUCAUGACGUAAAACACUGUGGACACUGACAGCCGUGUUCCAGCAGCUUCCAAUUCAUUGUAGACCUGCUGUUUGGUGAUUUUCAGUUCACUCUUGCCCGUCCUGACCAAUUGUCUCUCAUCAGCAGGUGAUAUUUUCUUCCUGACUGUGGCAGUGACUGAACUGGACUAUGAACUUUAUACUCAUAGUUGUUUGCACAGUUGGUUUUGGGAUCUAAAACAUCUUUGAAAUGGCUCCCUCCCAGUAACUUUCCUGACACGUUUAAGUCAAUAAUUUGCCUAAUCAGAUCUGUACCAAGUUCCAUAGAUUUUCCCUCUGUAGUGUUUGGGGCUGAGUUUAAUGAAUGGAUGAAAUGGGUACUCUUGAAAUUUGCCAAAAGUUGCUGUAUGUGGACUGUGAUGAACCAAGUCCAUGUCAGAAAGAUAAGAAAUCUAAUCAAACUGCACAAUUCUGUCAAAUGGUCAAAGAUACAACCAGAAGUUUUUGUACAGCUAACAAACGCACCUAACUGAGGUGAAAAUGGACAUUUAACCACACAUUAUCAUUGCUGCAUGUAUAUUUCUGGAAGAGCUAUAAUUAAAUUUAUUAAAGAGCCAAAAUGCA